AUGCAUACUACUACGAUCUUUCUAUUGGCGACUCUUCAACUUGGAGUCUAUGCUCAAUUCAAAAGCAGCACUCAACAAUUCAUCGUAGAUAUUCACAACACACUUCGAUCGAAAAUUGCCAAAGGAACAUACGUCGCACAGGAAACAACGAAACCUGCUGGAACCAAUCUUCUUAAAAUGAAAUGGGAUACCACACUCGCUACAUCUGCCCAGACCUAUGCGAACACUUGUCCAACCGGACACUCUAACUUAGCUGGAACUGGAGAGAACUUGUAUUGGCGUUGGUCGAGUCUCCCAUUCUCUGGUCUUGAUGUGUAUGGAGGAGCUGCUGCUGUCGCCUGGGAACAAGAAUUCCAAACUGACGGAUGGACAUCCAAUGCUUUUACCCAAGCUCUUUUCGACACUGGAAUCGGACAUGCUACCCAAAUGGCUUGGGCAAGCACCGGAUUGAUUGGAUGUGGAGUGAAGAAUUGUGGAGUUGAUGCAACGAAAAACAACUAUAACAAGGUGACAGUUGUAUGCCAUUACAAGUCUAUUGGAAACGUUUUGGGACAAGACAUCUACAAAAGUGGAACAACAUGCUCUGUUUGUCCUACAGGAACAACUUGUGAGACAGCCACAGGACUCUGUGUUUAA